UAAUUUGCUUGAUUUGCGGCGGCCUAUAUAUAUGAGUGGAGUUUCUUAAACUUGCCUUAAACAUUUUGAUCAACAUCUAUGUGACAUGUACCUCCCAUAAGGGUAAAGAGAGACAUGGCAUUGAGAUGGCUUCUUCAUUCCGCAAGUUCUAUUGUUUUGGGCAACCCAAAGGACGCUAGCACGGUUGUAGGGUACCCCAAUGAAGAACCAGCUCCAGAAGGAGUUAAGAGCUUGAAGGUCUCAAAUGAUGGGCUGCCUCAGGUGGAGAUUUGUGUGCAAAUGUACCCUAAAGGGUUCCAAAUGCCUCUUCAUUACCCUCGUUACAAAAAGAAGGAUUAUGAGGAGAUGGAAGAGUGGAAGGUUGACAUGCUGCUUAAAGAGUAUGGUUUAGGGUUGAAGGGUACCCUAGGUGAGAAAAGGGCUUAUGCAAUGGGGGCAUUCUUAUGGCCUGAUCAACUUUGACUGGCUCUUCGAUCAGAUGCUUAAAAAUAAUCUUCUAGCACCAUGGUGUAUCCAUAAUCGUCGAUCAGUUAUGGAGUCCACAUAUGUGAGAGAGAUGUGUACCCUUUACACAAGAUAUAAAACUGCCAACCUACUAGGAUGUUCUAAGGUGUUGGCUUGCCUUUAUAUGGUUAAUAAUGUUUCUAUUUGUGUGGAAGCAGUUGUAAUUUCUAUUUUUGUAUGGUACUAGAAGCAAUACACUAUUGCUUUGUAUUAAUAUUGUAUCAAAUAAAGAAUGUAGGAUUGUGUUAAUAUUAUUACUAUGCAUAUC